AUGAAUUCUGUCUCAGUUUUAACUCAAGGCAAGGAAACAGAGGUCGGACCAAAAGUUGUAGUCGUAGACUCUUCCAAUGUCAACUCUGUCCCUGAUCCACGGUGGCCGUACUUGACUCGGUGGACGCAGAAUUCUCCUUCUCCAUCUCCAUCAGUGAUUUCUCCUUCUAUCUCACUGGUGAAACCCUUGACAAUUGGAUCCUCGCCGAAAAUUGCUCGCUCUUCUUCUCUUGACUUCGUGAAUCUUACUUCUUCGCUGGAUUCGACCUUACCGGUCACUGUCGAGCCUCCAAUUGAACAUGUGGUGAGUAUUACAUCAUUGUCUUAUUCCGCAGAAGUGUCUCUUCCUACUUCCGCCUUACCGCCAAUAGUGUCUGCUACUCUCGACGAGUCCAUUGCUCCUGUUAAGUUGGUCUCCCCUACUCUAAAAGGAGCUUGGGCAAAGCAGCUAAAGUUCACCUCGUCAUCGGCCUCUCAGCAAGAUGUUGGUGGAGCACCGAUGCAAUCUCAUCUUGAAGCAACUAAGGAGGAUAAUGUUCGCUUCCCUUGGGCUGCAAAAAUGGAUCCAGCGGCAAGGAACCUUUACAGGGCAACCUCGCCGGAAUUCAUGGAAGACGGAAUUCCAAAGAGGGGCUUAUGGCAUGUUGAUGAUUGUCUUAUGUUUGUAGCGCCUUGGUCUACUGUAAAUACAUUUGAUCUUCCUGAAAUAUCAACUAUUCCUGUCUGGGUAACCCUUAAAAAUAUCCCAAACCGGUUGUACUCAAUUCUAGGAAUUAGCCAUAUUGCAUCAGGUUUAGGUGCUCCUAUGGCUACUUACAAACCUAGACUUGACCCUUCCCUAAUGAGUGAGGCCAAUAUCUUGGUGGAAGUGGAGUUGAGUAAAGCUUUCCCUCCAAGAAUUGCCGCAGUUGAUAAGAAAGGCAAUAUAUCGAUGGUUAAUGUUGAAUAUGCUUGGAUCCCAGCUAAAUGUGGAAAAUGUGGGCAGUUAGGGCAUAAGGCUUCGCGCUGUAUGAAACCCCAUUUGGCACAUGAAAAAGUAACAGAAAUUGUCUCAGAGGAGAUCAUUACUCCUGCUAUUGUAAGUUUAGCUAGUGCCACAAAUUUGGUAUCGCCAAUCACUCUUCAAACCAAGACCCCAAUUGAUGUCCCAAUCACAAAUUCAAAAAUCCAAAUCGAUACAGUCUUCGAUAUUGAGGCUGGCCCAAUCCAAGACAAAGAUAAUUGCACCGGAGUGGCAGAUUGCUUUACAAAUGUUGAAGCUGAAGUUGUAACUGAGGAAACUUGCACAGUUGAAUCAGUUUUCGAAAUUGCAGGCACAAAAGAUAAGUUUAGUCGUUUGGGUUCUUCGUUUCCUGAUGGGGAUUCUCUUCAUUCAGAUGAAGACUCAAUUGUUUCAGUUGAGUCAGACAGUGGGUCAGAAUUGAUGGAACUUAUGACUCCAUCGGGACAACGUCUUUUGCGCGAAAGACCGGUUAAACCAUCCAUCAAAGCUAAGGAGAUACAAGCGUCCUCUACUACUCGAGGAAGAGGUAACCGUGGGCGUGGGAACCGUGGACGCGGAAAUCGUGGACGCGGGAACCGUGGACGUGGCUAA